AUGUCUCCUGGGUCAUUCUACAUAGAGUGUAGAAACCUCUCAUUCUAUGCUAGACGUCAGAGGCAACAUCAGAAAAAACGACAAGUGAAAUAUUCUGUGACAACUGUAACACUGAAGAAUAAUGCUAAAAGGCACUUUGCUCUAACUCUUCCAGUCACCCGGGUCCGUGUGAAGGGUGGCGGUCACGUGGCCCAGAUUUAUGCUAUCCGUCAGUCCAUCUCCAAAGCCCUGGUGGCCUAUUACCAGAAAUAUGUGGAUGAGGCUUCCAAGAAGGAGAUCAAAGACAUCCUCAUCCAGUAUGACCGGACCCUGCUGGUAGCUGAUCCCCAGCGCUGUGAAUCCAAAAAGUUUGGAGGCCCUGGUGCCCGUGCUCGAUACCAGAAAUCCUACCGAUAAGCACAUCCUGAUGAUCAAAAUUCACCUGUAUAAUAAAGUAUUUGAGGGAUUUUACUGUUAAAAAAAAAAAAAAAAAAAAGAGAGA